UUCCUUUAUUCGCAGCUGAAAAAUGGAAGUUUCUGCCAAAAAUCCUCUAAACGAAGAUCAAAUUAAAGCCAACCGUGACGAAACAAUCAAUUUUAUCAGAAAUUUCUUGCAAAAUGACUUUUUGAAGAAUUUAAAUGCACAGAAAAUUGUCACGGAAAUAUUCCCGGAUGCCGAAUUCAUCCACAAAUUAUCACCAACAACGUACCAAACAACUUUACAAUGCGAGGGUUUUAUGUUCAAAGCCGAAAGUAACAAAGGAAUCGAAAAAUAUCCCGAUAAUCAGGCAAGCGCGAUGGCCUUGAAAGCCCUUUGUGAUAUUUCGUUGCCGGUUUAUGAGGAAUUGUCGUACGCCAAGGUUUGUCAAAAACUUGUGGAUUUAUUGGAAUUUUAUGAGUUAAGAGAUCAGUGGAAAGCUGCGAUUUGUAUAAAUAACGAGACAAUCACAGCUAUCAAUGCAUCAAAAAGCGCCGCAAAAAAUGAAGUGAUCAAAUUGAGUGUCAGACCAUUUUACAGAAUGCACGGAGAAACAGCUCGUGUGGCGACCUACAAAGCAUUAAUUAGUUUUGUUCUGACAAAAAAUCAUCCCUUUGAACAACGCGUCGAAUUUAUUUGCCGACAACUUUUGCCGGAACUCAAGAAAAACCACGACGACCCAUUGGAGUUCUUAAAACCAGCGGAAGAAAUUUUCUCCGAAGACGAAAUAAACUUUCUCGCGUUCCUUUAUCGCAAAAUUGCGGUAGAGACAAAGAAAAAAGGAAUAAAAAUCGCUUCUUUGACCGUCAACGAUGAAAUAAUUUCAGUUGAAGGUAAAUUCGACUUCAAAAUUAAACUGGAAUUGUUGAAGAAGGCAGCAACGACGGUCCCAUUGAUGAAAGUUGCAGUCGAAAAAGAGACUUUGGGAAAUCAUUUUAAGAAAUUGUCACCAAAAUCGUGCUUGAAAAAGGCCAGAAAUCUCAUCAAAAAUGAUGCGUUCAAUAAACAUAUGACACCAUCAAAAUUUUGGUCGAUGAUCCAUUUUUGCUCUUCGUUAUGCAACUGCAUCACUUUUCCCUCGGGAGACAAAGCUGUAAUCACUUUUGAUGGCGUGACAUUUGAAGGAAACGGCAGAACUAGAGAUGAAUCAAAGGAAAUAGCUUUGUACAAAAUGUUUUAUAAUUAUUUCCAUAUCACGCUGACACUUUGGGAUCGAUAUUGGGUAACGAAUUUGGAGUUUUGUGAUCCUGUCGAUAACUUUGAUGAAGUUCAGAGACAAAUUCAAGAAAAAUUCAAGACAAAUCUCAAACCUCAUGCUGAUAAAAUGUGGAAUAAAUUCGGUCCAAAAUAUCCAAUCGAGGAAGUAACAACUGAAAACCAUUUAACGGAAACCCGAAUUCGUUGUCACGAUCAAAUAUUUAUCGCAACCAGAGGCAGACGUCACCGAACAAGACGUGCUGUGGCCGAGUUGGCCUUACUUCACAUGUUCAAUCUGCAGCAUCCCCAUUGGAAUGUAUGGAAUUUCACAAAAACCCGAGUUUUUCAGAGAUGCGAUCAAAGUGACUACCCAUCUAGUGCAUUUUUCGACAGUCCGUCAACACCUAACAUGAGUUCAGCUUCUUUAAAUACCGAAAACUCAUGUGAAGAGGACUCUGAAAAAGUAACUGUUGAAUAUUUGUGCCUUGAAUCGGAGACCGUUGAAGUUGUUGAACCAAAAAUUAAUUUAAUGAAGGACGAUUUUUCGAUUUCUGCGAUCAAAAAAAGAGGAUUUGAUAUUCUGAAGACCCAAGAAGGUCAGAAAUUAUCGCCUCAAAAUUUUUGGUAUCAACUAGUGGGCGUUUUAUGGCCAAUUAAAACAGUUGCUUUAACUUCCAACAACUUUUUGUCCUCGAUCGUGUUGAGAAAUGGCCGAACUUUUCGUGAAAUUGGUACAAAUCGUGAUGAUUCGCGAAAUAAAGUUGCUGCUGUGGUUUUAUUUGAUGUUUAUGACAUAACGAGUGACGAAUGGAAUGAAUUUUUGGUUGAACGAACAACUUUAAAGGACAUCAUCAAGAGCAAAGUUGAUAAAGAGAAGACAUUCGAGACCGAGCUGGAAGCGUUAAAGGCAAAUGCGAAAGAAUUUCUCAACAAAAAUGAUACAGAAACGUUGACACCGCAUGAAUUUUGGGAAGCAACACAUCGAGGAACUGCACGAAUGACUGUCAAUACGUGCGAUGUGAAAGGAAAUCAAAUGUACGAAGCAAUAAUCGAAUGGCUUGACUCCAAAUUUUACAGAAUUUCAAAGACUAAAGAGGAAGCAAUGAAUUCUGUGGCGUUUUCAGCUCUUAUUGAUCUCUUGUCGAUCAGUUUUAAUAAAUGGAAAAAAUAUUCAAUAGAGAACGAAGACAAUUCUGAACAAAAAUCGCUUCCAAAAGACGAUUCAAAACCAUUAUUUACCAAACUUAAAGAAUAUCAAUCAACUUUACAUAAAAGUGGUAAAAGCCUCGAUGAAGUACCUUGUUCGGACAUUUUCAACCAAAUCGGGAUCAAUUUUCAAUUAGAUUUUCCAAAAAAUGAUCCUCAAAAUGACGAAUUGGACAAAAUUAAGGAAAUAACUUCGAGAUUCUUCAUUAAAAAGCUCUUGGACAAAAUUUACAACCUCGAUGACUAA